AUGGGCAUGAAUUUCAACAAAGAAGUUAAAGCACUUCGGGAAAUAGAGGAGAACAAAAAAUGUGCCGACUGCUCUGCACCGAGCCCGCCAUGGACAUCGGUGACAUACGGGAUAUUCAUAUGCUUUGACUGUGCUAGUGUCCACAGAUCCCUUGGGGUUAAGACAAGCUUCGUGAAGAGUGUGAAUCUAGACAUCUGGGACGAGAAGGAGUAUCUGUUUAUGAAACAUGGAUCUAACGAAAAGUUCAGAAGGUUUCUAGAGCAGCACAGACUUGUUGGGCGCGAGAUGAACGAGAUUUACAACAACAACCAGAUCAAAAGAUAUGCUGCAGAGAUCAAAGGUCUUGUUGUGAAGGAGAUGGGAGAGGGGGCGUUUAAUGGGCUAAGGACCAAUGCGGUCCCUAAGGGAUCUGAGGAUUCUGAGGGCUGGAAGAGGUCUUCCAUGGAUUCUGUACAUAGGAGCAAGCGGGAGUACAACACGCUAGGGCUUGAGUCGAUUAGCAGCGGGUCGCUGCACAACUCCAUUACAUCGACCCUGUCUAUUGUUGGGAAUGCGAUUUUCACGGGUGCAAAGACCAUCACCAGCAAGACAGUGGAGUAUGGAGGGAUUGUUGUUAACUCCACAAAAAGCAUCAUCAAAGAUAGCUCUCCUUCGUUAACAUCUAUCUUCAAGAAGAAGGAACCAACUCCAAAGGAUCACUCGAAGGUCUCUGGAAGGACAGAGGCCUGUGGAAGGUCGGACAAAUGGGACUGA